AUGGCUGCGAUGGAGGAGCUCGAGGCGCUUCUACAGUCACUGCAGGCGUUGAAGCCCCCCGGCGUAACAGCUACCAAGAUCAAGGAGAUAACGCAGAAGAGUGUGGACAACGUACAGUCCGAUGUCCUCAUCGUCCAGAAAAUCGCUCAGCAAUUCAAGAAUAGCCCCGCCACCCACAAGCUCGGAGUCCUAUACGUGGUAGAUUCCGUGGUCCGUCAAUGGUUGGAUCGUGCGAAAAAGACUGGACAAGCCGUUUCUCGCAGUGCCGCUCCCGGUACCUUUGCUUCAGGCGUACAGAAGAUCACCGAUAUCUUGCCUCUAAUCAUGACCGAUCUCUCUCAAUCAGCACCGGACAGUCAGAAAGAGAAGAUCUUGAAGCUUGUUGAGAUCUGGGAGCGUGGGCAGACAUUCCCAAAGGAUAUGCUCGCCGGCUUCAAACAACAAUUUAGCAGCCCAAAAGCCAGUAAGAUCCACGCUGGAUUCUCCCUGGACCCGCGUCUGCGUAUGCUGACCACAAACUUUGCAGGCGCUUUUACAGCUACAGCUAGCCCAUCCAAGAACCUCCAGGCAUCACAUCACACGAAUCCCCCGACUAACCCGCCUCCUAUCGCUGCCGCAGCACCACCAGCAACAGUGCCACCUCAAGACCCAAGCGCUCUACUCGCUGUCUUGGCUGGCCUCGCGCCGCAACAAAAUAAUCCGACUAACCCUAUGUCUAUAGCUGCACCCUCGCUGCCGUUCCCUCAGAAUGCGGCGUUCCCUCCGCCACCACCAGGAUUCGCACCGCCGCCGCCCCCUCCGGCACAUGUGGUGAACAAUGUACAACCUAAUGGUAAUGCAGCACAGCCCGGCGGUGUCACUGAAAUGGCAGGUCAGAUACUACAAGCUAUGCAGGCCGGUACCAUCAGCCAAGAACAAGGAUUGCAAGUACUGAACAUGUUGGCUGCGGCUCAAAAUGGUGGCCUUGCCGUCCCGCCAUCGCAGCCUGCAAUUACCAUGCAAGCGCCUCAAAUACAAAAUGGUGCACAGCCAGAUCGCUUUGAACAGAAUGGCAGUAGACUCAGGGAUCGUAGCCGCUCACCUGAUUUCAAUCGACGUCGCCAGUCUCCACGUAGAUCACCCCCAGCACGGCGCGAUAGUCCGACAUAUGGAGUUUACGAUCCAAAUGCAGGCCCUGAAGGGAACGCAGUGAACCGCCAAGAUCGUGGUGAUCGUGGCCGUGGUCGAGGUAGGAAUCGCGGUGGUCGUAAUGAUCAUAAUGAAUACCGUCAACGUACACCUCCGCCUAGACGAGGUAGUGGUGGCGACAACUCGAAGGCGUACCAGAAUGGGUCGCCCAAAUUCAUAGACUGGGACCGCACACUUCCCCGUGACCAUAUCAAGGUUUAUAGCCGUACACUCUUCAUAGGUGGUGCUACUGGGACUGAGUCGGAAAUCCGAAGCAUAUUCAGUCAAUUCGGCAAAGUGCAGAGCUGUAUUGUCAACCAGGAGAAACGCCAUGCUUUCGUCAAGAUGCUGACUCGUCCGGAUGCGCUCGCAGCAAAGGCUGGUAUGGACAGCACUCAGGAUCCGAACGCAUUGGCAAAGGCUCGCCAGACACGAUGGGGUGUAGGUUUUGGCCCCAGGGACUGCAGCGACUAUAAUACCGGCGUUAGCGUGAUCCCGAUCUCCCGACUGACCGAUGCCGACCGUAAAUGGGUAUUGACUGCUGAAUAUGGUGGUACUGGCGGUGUCCCUCUCGAAGAGGGCAUGGUCAUCGAAGAGCCUGAUAUCGAGAUCGGCGCUGGCGUGUCGUCGAAAGCUAUUAGUAGACGAGUACCUCCCGAGGGCGGCCGAGCCCGUGGUGGCUUCCGGGGAGGACGAGGCGGCGGUGGCCUUGAGGAUAACAACAAUGGCUUUCGCCGCGCCGAACAACGCCCUGCUAGACACGAUACGCGCCAUAUCUCGCCACGCGCGGAGCAAGGCGUUGCUGUACCUCCCUCCGUGCCUGGCUUCGGCUUCCAGCUUCCCUUCCAGAUGGGAUAG